CCCUCCACGCGCUCCAUGGGGGUGGGUGGGGCCCCUCUAUCUGUUGACCCGGAAGUGCGGUCGCCCCCUACCUGGUCAGGUGACCGGAAGGAGGUCGUGUCCGCGGGGGAGGGGCAGGAGCAGGAGCGGGGCCGCGCGACGCCUCUGACGGCCCCUCCCUCCCGGCAGCUCGCGGCCAUGGACACCAGGCAGCGGCAGCGGCAGCAGCAGGUCGUGGCGCGCGCGGGGGCCGCGUUCCGCUCGGGCCGCUCCCGCCCGCUGGGCUUCCGGCUGCGGCAGCUGCGGGCCCUGGAGCGGCUGGUGACGGAGAAGGAGGCGGAGAUCGCCGCGGCGCUGCAGGCGGAUCUGCACAAGAGCCAGUGCAAUGCCUACAGUUACGAGAUCCUGGGCGUGCUGGCGGAGAUCGCCCUGGCCUUGGACAAGCUUCCGACCUGGGUCGCCCCGCAGUCUGUUCCCAAGAAUAUAAUGACGCUGACAGACGAGGUCUACAUCCACCGUGAACCGCUGGGUGUGGUCCUGGUUAUUGGGGCUUGGAACUACCCCUUUGUCCUGGUUAUGCAGCCUCUAAUAGGGGCCAUCGCAGCAGGCAAUGCUGUAGUAAUCAAACCUUCCGAGAUAAGUGAAAAUACAGCAAAACUUCUAGCUGAGCUGAUCCCACAGUAUAUUGACAAGGACCUGUACCCAGUUAUUAAUGGAGGGGUCAUGGAGACAACUGAGCUGCUAAAGGAGAGGUUUGAUCACAUCUUCUAUACCGGGAGUUCCCAGGUGGGCAAAAUUGUCAUGGAAGCUGCUGCCAAGCACCUCACCCCUGUCACUCUUGAACUGGGUGGAAAAAGUCCGUGUUACAUUGAUAAGGACUGCAACCUUGACAUUGCCUGCAGACGGGUAGCUUGGGGAAAGUAUUUGAACUGUGGGCAGACCUGCAUUGCCCCCGAUUACAUCCUCUGUGACCAAUCCAUCCAGAACAAAGUAGUGGAGAAUAUCAAGAAGACUCUCAAGGAAUUCCAUGGGGAAGAUAUAAAAAAGUCUCCAGAUUAUGAAAGGAUCGCCAACAAGCACCACUUUAAAAGGCUCGUGACGCUGCUGGAAGGACAGAAGAUAGCUUACGGAGGAGAGACUGAUGAGGCUACAUGCUUUAUAGCCCCGACUAUACUCACUGAUGUUAGUCCAGAAUCCAAGAUCAUGAAAGAAGAAAUUUUUGGCCCCCUCCUUCCAAUCGUGACUAUAAAGAGUGCGGAUGAAGCUAUUGAGUUCAUCAAUCAGCGAGAGAAGCCGCUCGCCCUUUAUUUAUUUUCCAAUGAUAAAAAGUUGAUCAAAAGGAUGAUAUCGGAGACGUCCAGCGGAGGUGUCACUGCAAACGAUGUCAUUAUGCACUACACUCUCCCAGAUCUGCCCUUUGGUGGAGUCGGGAACAGUGGAAUGGGCAACUACCAUGGCAGACACAGCUUUGAGACCUUCUCCCAUCGCCGCUCCUGCUUAAUUAAGUCUCUGAUGAUGGAAAGUGUGAACAAAAUCCGGUACCCGCCAAACAGUCAGAGGAAGCUGGACUGGGCAAAGUUCUUCUUCUUGAAGCGAUUUAACAAAGGCCGACUGGGACUCAUUGCUCUGGCCCUGCUGGGAGCCAUACUGGCUGCGGUGAUAAAGGUGGCCUACUCUUGAAGAAAAGUGACCUGACCUGCUAUACCCAAUCCGCAAUACUUGUACCCUGAGCGCACACUUUAUGUAAUGACCUUUUUCAACUUGAGAGUUUUACCUUUUUUUCUAUGAAAUGUUAAGGGCACAAAGCAAUGAGAGGUAAAGUAAGAAUGCACUAGCUAGUAGCAGUGCUGGGGCUGGCACUUCCUGUUGAUUUGAAAAGCCAUGCGGCAAUACAGGGAUUAAUGCAACAGUGGGCAUAAAGUAUUGGUCAUGCAACCAGCGAGACGAGAACUGCAAAGCAGGAAGCAGCAGCACUCUCCAUUCUGUAUAAAGACCAUGUCAGACGUGGGCUGCUUAUGUCUUCUCAGGAUUAUCACCUCCUGAGCUCGCCCAGUCUAUGCUGGAGAGCUAGAACCUGGGUUUACAUUUCGGUCUGUGGGCCAUCACAGUUCAGUUCCUCCAAUGAUUUUUCCAGAGUCCUCCAAAAAGAGGGAAAUCAGGACCUGAUACACUUAAUGUAAAGAGUAAAAGCCUAAAAUAAAACAGAGCCUGUUUACAUCUUAACAGGCAGAGACAUUUUCUUUAGGGUUCUUCCCUUUUAUGGUACCUGUCUCAGCUCUCUCUGAGCUAAGAUCAAGUGUGAGUAGUCUUUUGGCUUUUCCAAGGCCGUGAUCAAGUGUCUUGAUGUUUUUGGUCUUUUAGCCUCAAGAUGAAAACCUUGUCUGUGUCUCUGGGACCUUGAAGUCAAAACAUUAUCGAAGUACUAUCUUCCACACCUUGGAAUUAGUCUUCUAUGUCUUCCUUUCUGGUGUGGUGGAGACAGAUUUUACUAAUACUCAAGACCAGUUCUGACUAAAUGUACAUUGAGGCUGCUGCUUACCUUCUAACCCAGAACAUGUAUCCCUAGAAUAUCCCCCAGAAAAAAAAGAUUGUCCCCUCGUUAGCCCUGUAAUUCAAUCUGACAGCACAUUCAACUGGCUGCAGCUUCCAAAGGGAAAGACCUGCUACAACUGUUAGAGGGUUGCAAGGUCUCUCAUGUAAUGCUGCAGUCACCUGUGCUUCUAUCUGCCAGGUGUGCGUUUUGUGAUGCAGGGGUUGUGUUUAAAGCAUUCGGAAUUAAAGAACUCACUCUUGGCAUAUUUC